CUCUCCGUCCGUCGUCGUCUCCGCAAGCCAAAGCCACACCCUCCACCGACCACGACGUUCCGGCUUCAGCUAUUUGGUGUGUGAUUCCCUGGGGAUAAUUAUUAAGAGUUGGUUUUAGUUGAUGUGGCAUCUAAGCGCAAUGGUCGUUAUGAAAAACUUGCUACCGAUGAUUAUGAUGAUGUUUAUGAUGGUGAUAGGAGGCAGUGAUAUGAUCCUAGAUUUGAUUAUUCGCCAAAAGCCUUUGAUAGGAUCCUAUGGAAGUCAAUUGCACUCGCAUUUUUCUUGCUUUGUCUAGGAUCAGUGCUUCUUUUUCUUUCUGUGUUCAUUUUCACUGGUCACAUGGGGGGAGAGACGGCCCAAGCUUAUGGCCUUUUAGUCCUUGGAAUUCUUACAUUCCUCCCAGGAACAUGGAUGGAUCUAGUCGAGGUGGCAGUGGUGUGGAUAUGUUUUUACCAAAUUAUAAGCUUGGUAAAACUCUAGGAAUUGGAUCCUUUGGUAAGGUGAAAAUUGCGGAGCAUGCAUUGACUGGCCAUAAAGUUGCUAUCAAGAUACUUAAUCGUUGCAAGAUCAAAAAUAUGGAAAUGGAAGAGAAAGUGAGAAGAGAAAUUAAAAUUUUGAGGUUGUUUAUGCAUCCUCACAUCAGUCGACUUUAUGAAGUCAUAGAGACCCCAAGUCAUAUUUAAGUAGUGAUGGAGUAUGAGAAGUCUGGAGAGUUAUUUGAUUAUCUUGUUGAGAAGAGCAGGCUACAGGAGGAUGAAGCCCGAGUUUUUUUUCAGCAGAUAAUUUCUGGUGUGGAGUACUGCCACCAAAACAUGGUGGUUCAUAGAGAUCUUAAGCCCGAAAAUUUGCUUUUGGAUUCCAAGUGGAAUGUAAAAAUUGCUGAUUUUGGCUUGAGCAAUAUAAUGCGAGAUGGUCAUUUUCUGAAGACAAGUUGCGGAAGCCCAAAUUAUGCUGCCCCUGAGGUUAUUUCUGGAAAACUGUAUGCUGGGCCUGAAGUAGAUGUGUGGAGCUGCGGUGUUAUAUUGUACGCUCUUCUCUGUGGGACCCUUCCUUUUGAUGAUGAAAAUAUUCCCAAUCUUUUUAAGAAAAUAAAGGGUGGGAUAUACACACUUCCUAGUCAUUUGUCUCCGGGUGCAAGAGAUUUGAUCCCAAGGAUGCUUAUAGUUGAUCCAAUGAAGCGAAUUUCCAUUCCAGAUAUUCGUCAACAUCCAUGGUUUCAAGCCCAUCUUCCACGUUAUUUAGCUGUUCCCCCACCUGACACAAUGCAACAAGCCAAAAAGAUUGAUGAGGAGAUUCUUAAGGAAGUGGUUAAGAUGGGAUUUGAUCAAACUCAAGUGGUUGAGUCUCUUCGCAACAGAAUACAAAAUGAGGCUACUGUUGCGUACUAUCUGUUGCUGGACAACCGGUUCCGUGUUUCCAGUGGUUAUCUUGGAGCUGAGUUUCAAGAAACUAUGGAUUCUGGUUUCAACCAUAUGCAUCCAGGUGAAGUUGCUUCAUCUGUUGGGAAUCGCCUUCCAGCAUUCAUGGAUUAUCAAGGAAUGGGAUUAAGAGCACAGAUGCCAUUUGAAAGAAAAUGGUCUCUUGGACUGCAGUCCCAUGCCCAGCCACGUGAAAUAAUGACGGAAGUGCUCAAAGCUUUUCAAGAACUGCAUGUAUGCUGGAAGAAGAUCGGGCACUACAACAUGAAGUGCAGGUGGAUUCCUGGCGUCCCUGGUCAUCAUGAAGGCAUGAUUAAUAAUCAUGUACACAAUAAUCACUACUUUGGGGAGGAAUCUACCAUUAUUGAGAACGACGUUAUCAAGUCACCAAAUGUAAUCAAGGUCGAAGUGCAGCUUUACAAAACUCGCGAGGAGAAAUACAUGCUUGAUCUUCAGAGGGUUCAAGGUCCGCAGUUGCUCUUCCUGGAUCUUUGUGCGGCCUUUCUUGCACAACUUCGGGUCCUUUAAAUCAAGAACGUUAGGGUAUUAUACGUGAAUCUAUUGAUGCAUGUGAAUAAAAACAUAAGAUGUACAUAACUAGUUUUCGGUUGGGAUCUUUGUUAACUUUCCCCUGCAGUUUUAUAUGGGGGAUUGUUGUUUGAAGCUAGUCAUUAACAGUGAAACUAGGCACUGCUCUGGCUUAGUCACUGACUCACUGGUAUUGCUAGUCCCAGUCGAGUCUCGGUGUUAUGCUAUGAACCCUAACGCUUAACUUAAAUGAAUUCGAUUAAAGAAUUAUGCUUCUUUCAUCAUCA